GGGAACUUGAUAAGGUAGUUGAAGGGCAAUAUUACCUUUGCUCUCUCACUGUGAUCGAAAACACUCUUAGCUUUCAGGUGGACCCCACUGGCUACCUUGGUGCGGCAUUUUCAACAGCACAGAAUCACCCUUUACACAAUCAAAAGAAGAUGCUGUUUCAUCUAAGGACCCUGUUGAACAAUGCAGCUCUUAGAAAUGGUCACAAUUUCGUGGUUCGAAAUUUUCGAUGUGGGCAACCACUACAGGAUAAAGUACAGCUGAAGGGCCGUGACCUCCUCACUCUAAAGAACUUUACAGGAGAAGAAAUUAAGUAUAUGCUAUGGCUAUCAGCAGAUCUGAAAUUCAGGAUAAAACAGAAAGGAGAGUAUUUGCCUUUACUGCAAGGGAAGUCCUUAGGCAUGAUUUUUGAAAAAAGAAGUACUCGAACAAGAUUGUCCACAGAAACAGGCUUUGCACUUCUGGGAGGACACCCUUGUUUUCUUACUACGGACGAUAUUCAUUUGGGUGUGAAUGAAAGUCUCACAGAUACAGCCCGUGUGUUGUCUAGCAUGACAGAUGCCGUGCUGGCGCGAGUGUACAAACAAUCAGAUCUGGACCUCCUGGCUAAAGAAGCAUCCAUCCCAAUUGUCAAUGGGCUAUCAGAUUUGUACCACCCUAUCCAGAUCCUGGCUGAUUACCUCACGCUCCAGGAACACUACGGCUCUCUGAAAGGCCUUACCCUCAGCUGGAUUGGGGAUGGGAAUAACAUCCUGCACUCCAUCAUGAUGAGUGCGGCUAAAUUCGGGAUGCACCUUCAGGUGGCUACCCCAAAGGGUUAUGAGCCGGAUCCCAGUAUAACCAAGUUGGCAGAGCAGUAUGCCAAGGAGAACAGUACCAAGCUGUCGCUGACAAAUGAUCCAUUGGAAGCAGCUUGUGGAGGCAAUGUAUUAAUUACAGACACUUGGAUAAGCAUGGGACAAGAAGAGGAGAAGAAAAAGCGGCUCCAGGCUUUCCAAGGUUACCAGGUUACAAUGAAGACUGCUAAAGUUGCUGCCCCUGACUGGACAUUUUUACACUGCUUGCCCAGAAAGCCAGAAGAAGUGGACGAUGAAGUGUUUUAUUCUCCACGAUCUCUUGUAUUCCCAGAGGCAGAAAACAGAAAGUGGACAAUCAUGGCUGUCAUGGUAUCCCUGCUGACAGAUUAUUCGCCUCAGCUCCAGAAGCCAAAGUUUUGAUGCGCUGAUGCUUCUCAAGAGAGAAACCAUGUUCUUCAGGAACAGAAUGAGUCAGUUUAUGAGGGAAGGAGAAGAGAACAAAUCACAGAAAUAAACAAAUUCUAACACAUGGUA